AAAAAAAAAAAAAAGAAAGAAAAGAAAGGGCGCUAUUAGAACAAUGUGGGUGUGAAGAGGGAGAGAGAGACAGAGAGGGAGAAGAGAGAGGGCAACUUGAUGAAGAUAUGGGGAUGGGUUGAAUUGGAGAAUGAGAAGAUGAAAAGUAUUUCUUCAAUGGGAUUUUGGUGGUGGCUUAACCUCAGAGCUACUCUCGUAGCUCUUCUUGUUAUACCCAUAUUUCAUCUUUCCAAGAAGUUUUACUUUAAAUUCCUUCGAACUACAUCUUCAUCAGCAUCAGCAUCAGCAUCAGCACCAUCAAAAUCAUCCACUUUUCAUCUUCACUCUCCUUCUUCACCCAUUUCUCCACCUCCAGAUUCUCAAGCAAGAAACCCAGAGAUUGUGUCUGAUUCAGAUUUGAAGUUUUUGAUUGAUAAUUUGGAUGAGAAGCUCAAUGACGAUGAUAAAUGGGCGAAUGUAAUCUAUAAACAAAACAACUUUCUAUCCUACAGGGCAAAAUGCUGCAAAUCUAAGGAUAGACCACUGAAAUACCUAAGCACGACAGUAUUUGAGAGUUGCUCACCAGAGCUUCUGAGGGACUUCUAUAUGGACAAUGAUUAUAGAAAGCAGUGGGACAAGACCCUGUUUGAUCAUAUCCAGCUGCAGAUGGACAGAACAAAUGGAAUUGAAAUUGGCCGCACAAUAAAAAAAUUUCCCCUUUUGACACCUAGAGAAUAUGUAUUGGCUUGGAGAUUGUGGGAGGGAAAGGACAGAACAUUCUACUGUUUUAUUAAGGAAUGUGAACAUCCCUCAGCACCACGACAGAAGAAGUAUGUUCGCGUGAGGUAUUUUAGAUCCGGUUGGCAAAUCAGGAAAGUACCUGGUAGAGAUGCCUCUGAGAUCAGAAUGUUUCACCAAGAAGAUGCUGGUCUGAAUGUGGAAAUGGCAAAACUAGCAUUUGCAAAGGGCAUAUGGAGUUAUGUUUGUAAGAUGGAUAACGCACUACGCAAGUACUCUGUGAUCAGCCAUCCUCUGACCAGUCCAGCUGUUUCUGCAGCUACUCUGAUUCAGAAGGUUCCACCUGAAUUAGAUACAACAAGUGGCGUUACUUCUGCAGCAGCCUCUACAUCAAUGGCCAGUUGUGAACCAGUUAAUGGUGAAUCCAGAGAAAAAAAGUUAUCAAGAAGACCAUCAAAAAAAUUGGUAGCAAAAAGUUUGCUUGUUCUUGGGGGUGUGAUCUGUCUGUCUCGUGGUCACUCUGCCCUGGGUGCUAAAGUCGCAAUGGCAUACAUCUUAACGAAACUGAGAAAGCGUGGUGAUUCAUCAAGCCAAAGCACGCAAAGUUGAGACACCUGACUUUGUUGCAUCUCUGCAGCUAAUUUUGAUGGUUUUAUUAAGGCUUGCUACAUAGAUUUAUUAAAUUGAGGCAUGAAGUUUAACUAGGGAGAGGGAGGGAAAUAGCAUGGUACGAGGGCAGAGGUUGUGUGAUGUGUACAAAACUCUUAUUCUGUAAUUAUUUGUUUUGGCAAGUGUGUAAAUAGAAUCAACCAGACGGCGUUUGGCAAUCUAAUGGUGAUCACUGCAGCUGUGAACUUAAGCUACAUACCAUUUACAGCUUAAUCAGAUAGUCCGUUUUGAUGUAGAAUUUGUU